AUGAUCAUCACUCACGGCGAGAUGCUCGCUUUCCUCUUCCUCCGCAUUUUACCGCACCCCAUCUCCGCAUCCUCCGCCGCGUCUUCCGCUUCUUCUGUCUCCGCCGCAGCCGCUGGGCUCAUCCAAUCUGUCCGUCAAGGCCUCUCGGCGUUCUCCUUCUUCUCCUCCGCAUCCGCCGCCGCCGCCGCCGCCGGCGGAAUCGCGUGUACGUUCGUGGUGGUUCUUAUCCGCGGCGUGUGCGAGCCGAUAGCGGCGGUACUGCUGCUCGAUUCGCUACUGCUCACGCUCUCCGGUCUCGUGCUCUGGCACAGAGCGCGGCGGCAAGAGCGCCUGCAGACAGCAGCCGCAAUUCGCGCCAGAGCUAAUAAGAGAGCUGAUACGGCUCCUAACGGGGUAGUUAGUGCGGUUGAUGGUAGUGGUGACGUAUGGGAGGAGAGUGGUGGUGAGGUUGAUAUGACCAGGAGCAGCAGCGGUAACAGCAUGGCGGUUAACUUGGGUGUCGCUGCGUCCGCCGGUUGCGACUGGGACGGCGCCGCCGCGUCCGCCGCGUCCGGCGGCGCGCUCCCCGCAACGUCCACGUGGCCGUCCGUGCUGGUGCAGCUGCCCAUGUACAACGAGCGCGAGGUGUACGCGCGCGCGAUCGCCGCGGCGUGUAAUCUGCAGUGGCCGCGGGGGCGGCUCGUGGUGCAGGUGUUAGACGACAGCACGGACGCGGAGAUUUCGCGCGGAAUGCGCGCGGAGGUUGCGCGGUGGCGGAGCAAGCUGAGGUGCGGGGGCGCGAGCAAGGGCGCGCGGAACAGCUUCGGCGGAAGAAUCGACGUGCGGUACCGCCACCGCACGGACCGCACGGGGUACAAGGCGGGGAAUCUCCGCGAGGGGCUGACAGAACCGUACGCGCGCGCGUGCGCGUUCGUCGCAAUUCUCGACGCGGACUUCGAGCCUUCCCCCGACUGGCUCCUCCGCUCCGUCCCCCCGCUCGCGCGCGACCCGCAGCUCGCGCUCGUGCAGACGCGCUGGGCGUUCAGUAACGAGUCGGAGUGCCUACUAACGCGUCUGCAGGCCGUGGAGCUCAAGUGGCACUUCUUAGCGGAGCAGCUGUUCAGCUCAUCCGCGUUACAGUGCUUCGGCUUCAACGGCACCGCGGGCGUGUGGCGCACAGCGGCAAUCACGGAUGCGGGGAGCUGGCGCGACGACACGACCGUCGAGGAUAUGGAUAUCGCGGUCUGCUCCGCCGCGAAAGGAUGGCGCAUGCGGCUCGAGCCCACCGUGGAAUGCGCGAGCGAGGUCCCCGCGGGAUACGGCGCGUACAGGAAGCAGCAGCACCGGUGGACGAGCGGCCCCGCGAAUCUGCUGCGGCUGCGCGGCGGGGUCGUGCUUACCGCGGAGCGGUCCGCGCUAAGCUGGCCUGCGAAGCUGUACUUCGUGGGGAUCUACAUGUUUCUUCGCCGGGCUGCCCGCCACUUGAUAGGGAUUUCCUUCUGGCUCGUCGUCCUGCCCGCGUAUCUCUUCUCCUCCGCGUUUUCCCCCGCCUCCGCUUCCGCCUCCGCGUUCCCCUUCCCCUGGGCAAUGGCGGCGCUGGUGCUCGUAUACCCGCUCUGUCUCUUCGCAUUCUCCCCCUCGAAGCUCCGCCUGCUCCCCGCGUACUUCCUCUUCCUCGGCGCGCUUCUCCCGCUGCGCGCGUACGCCACCGUGGCAGGCCUGCUCAAUCUAUCCAGCUCGCACACCCGGUGCAUUCAGCCGUUCCUCCGCCUCCUCGCCAAUCCCCACCUGCUCCCACCACCCACCGCGUCGACUCCUCUCCCCGUCCUGCUUGCUCCCGCCGCGCAAUCCAUGGCCCAACCCAUGCCUCAAAGCAUGAACCAGGGCGUGAACCACGCCGUGACUCACGGCGUGAACCAGGGCAUGGCCCAGCCAGGCAUGAACCAGGGAGCGAGUCAAGGCGGAAUGAGUCAGCCGAUGGGCCAGGGCAUGGGCCCGGGUCCUGGGGGAAUGCUCCAGCCGGCGCCUGUGAUGCAGUAUAUGCAGCAGCCGAACAGCACCCCCAUGCCCGUGCAGUCACCCGCGCAGCCAGCAGCGCAGUCACAGAUCGUGUGCACGGGGUGCCGCACGCUGCUUGUCUACCCCAACAACGCCUCUAACGUCCGCUGUGCGCUCUGCAGCACCAUCACGCCCGUGCCACAAGCAGGCACGGAGAUGGCGCAGCUGGUGUGUGGGGGCUGUCGCACGCUGCUCAUGUACGUGAGGGGCGCCACUAGCGUGCAGUGCUCCUGCUGCCACACCGUCAACCUCUCCUCCGACCCAAACCACGUGGCGCACAUCAACUGUGGGGGCUGUGGCAUGACGCUCGUGUACGCCAUGGGCGCUCGCAGCGUCAAGUGUGCUGUGUGCCAGUUCGUCACGCAAGUCAUGGUGCCACCAGCGAACAUACAGCCAUUACAGCAGCAAAUGCAACCAUCAACAGCAGCAGCAACAGCAACAGCAGUUCACACAGCAGCAGCAGCAACAGCAACAGCAACAGCAAGGGCAGGUACACGCAAAAUAUUUCUUUUCCCUUACUUUGACCUCAACAAAUCCUCCAUGCACUGA